CACACCUUUCCUUUCCCGCUCCCUAUGGAUGCCUCUUGGAGGGAAUCGGUUCUCGUGGUAGUGUUACACCAAGCCAAUCUAGGGAGUAUGACGGCUAAGACCGUAUGAUCUUUAUUUGCUAGUACUGGGAUGAAAAAAGAUCGCUCCAACUUAGGUGAUGAUUAAACAUGUAUUCGGUUCUUUCUUUUACAUAUCAUGUAUGGGUAAGAGUGACUUACGUGUAUAGCUUCAGAAAUCUGAAAGCGUGCCUUGGGUGCUGAACUGCUGAAGAUCACGCAGUGUCCGCUUGUUACCUGCCAUGUGUUUGGAGCUCAGUUAUGCAUCACAAAAAUUUGGCGAUUGCUUGGUUAGUGUUUUAGUGAUCCCAUGUUACAUCCUCAUCUCAAAACUUACCUUUGGAUGCACUUGACCCAAUGAAUUUUGGAAUUGAGGGACAAUUGGGCAAGUUGGUGCUUUCUCGGUGAGAAUAGAAACCUACUAAUGUGCCAAAAAGCGAUGGGACAUACACGCCAAACAGAACUUAGAAAGCAUCUAGAUUCCUUUUUGCAGCAGCGUACAUGAUAAAUCUAUAAGGACGCUUUUAGAGGCACCGCUCACAUCCAGUUCAUGUUGUGCUAUGCAUAUGCUACUUUUGGAUUGUGGAAAGCGAGUCUGCGAUGCUAUAAAGGGAUUUCUGAGUGCUGACAAGGUGGUCACACACAAGCCAUAGAUCAUAGAUAACCUUGAUACGUGGAAGCAGAUACAUGUGAUGCAUAAAGAUAUCAAAACCCACUGUUGGUGUUUUCCGUUGGCAAAUAACAUCAGACUUGAAACUCAAAAUGCAGUGGCAGAUGCUAUAGUUUGGAAGUAUUUACCAGGAAAGACAAGCUUCAGUUUAAAAUGCUCAAAAAAUUUAAUAGCGUUGUCUUGAUACUUAUAUCUGCACUCCACCCAUUUUUAUGCAUGAUAAAAAGGUCAAAUUAUCAAUCUUUGUUUUGUUCAAUUGAAGCUUAGUGUCUAUCAACAUGAUGUACAUGAUAACAGACACAUCUUGAUAAUUUUUUGGUUUUCAUUAGAGUAGCCAUAUUUUCUCUUUUCCCUCAUAGGAAAGGACAUACUACUCAUGUAUGAGAAAUAGAUUUGCAAAAUGGAAGAUGUUGCCAUAAGAAUGCUCACCGGAGAGAUGCCAGUAUAUAUAUGGAUGAACAGUGGGACCACGCCUUGGGAUAUUUUUUGUAAAUUUAAGCACCAUUCAGGGAAGGUACUGACUGCAUAGCUUUCUGUUUAUUUCGAAUUUUUUAUCCAUGCCAUAUUCUCUUAUCAAGUUGCGAUGUCGACUAGGGUGAAGAGCGAUCAUUGGAUCAAUCAUUGAAUGAAUCUCUUUUACCCCUUUUACAGAAGGCUGUUGGUUUUGCCACGUGGUCCAAUAUGCUGAGAGAACCUUAGUUUGGGACAAUUGGAUCAAGCUGUUCUGGUCUGUUUCUUUGUCCUACUUUUCUUUGAGUAAGUCUCAAAGUAAGAAUCUCGGGGGCCUAUUCUAAUUCUCCAUCGUCCUCCCAGAUUUUAUCACCACAUUAUGUUUGAACUUUGAGGGGCACAAAAGAUAUCUUGUUCUAUCUUUCCCCCUUUGUCUGAUUACAGUCUGUCCUGCAAUUUGUCUCUAAAGAAUUUGUUGUGUAAUCUUAGGGUACCUUUUCAUUAGAAGCACACAGUGAAAAAAAUUACCUGCAAAGCAGCUAAACGGUAGCAGUGUAAGAUAAAUGUACUGAUGUGAAGUAAUCUGACUUCAGUGUUAGCUGGUUUGAACUUUAUUAAACGGAAUCUUCGGUAUAGAUGAAUUGAAUGACAGUUUGAUGAUGAUUCGUUAUUGGCACGGAAUAGGAACAUUGUUCGGUUUACUCUCCACCGAGAGAUUCUGGUGUUUGCUUUUCACGCUUGUGCUAAAUCUUUUAAAUACAUGUAAGGAGUAAGGAAAAGUCUGUGUAGGCUGGUCGAAAUGAAAGCUUAAAUUGUUCUUCUUUUGGACUUCAGAUUAACUAAAUUGCAGGAUCACCCCAUGUUUAACCAAAAAAAUGCCGCCAUCUCUCUGACUCUGGUAUGCUGGUAGCAGAUAAAGCUUAAACUGUUGGUCUGUUGUGAUUUUGGAUUAAUUAUGGACCUUAAGCUUAACAAAAUCAUAGGAUUACCCCAUGUUUGAUUAAUUUACAACUGUAGUUUCUUUUCUCAUCAGAUAGUGGUGCCUGGGACUUCUUCACUUGUUGGCAUAGGGUGUGCCUCUGUGUUCUUCUGAGCAAUCCAACAUGAGAAAAUUUAGCAGUAGAGUCUGUAUUAGGUCUGAACUCCACUCUGCACUCAAAUGUGUUUACUUUAUGUAGACAUGUAGUAAUACAAUAUCAUAUCAUGCUUUAUGUACACCUGCAGAAAGCCAGAAAGUCAUGUUGCUGUUCAAUAAGCAAUGCCAGCUAAUUUUUUAGAUCUUCUCGGAUUAUGUUUGUUAGGAAAAUAGUCCUCAUACCAUGAAACAGGUGUACUCUUUCUCUUUGGGGCUUUGAGCUGUGUUUCAGUGAUAAACUAAUCUUGACUCUUGAGAACGCCUAAAAAUAAGGCCCCUUAAUGAUUUCUUAGCACUUGUUGUACACCAAAAUAUAUCUUAUAAAUAGAUACAGGCUAUAAGAAUCCACAUCUCUUCAAGUCACUCUCUUCAAGUCACUCUCCAAAAUGUGGAUAGCUUGUGCACACCGUGGCAAUCAAAUCACCUGCGCAUGCAAGAUGCUAACUUUUGUUAUCCAGAAAUUGGAAUAUCUGAAGUUUCACUUCGUUUGGUGGACAAGUAGUAACAACCUCCUCAACUAUAUAAGCAUACUGCAUGUUCAGCUUUCUAUAUCCAUAGCUCCCACCAGUUAUUAUUUGUACUGUGACUUGUGAAGUGUGUUUGUAUCUGUAUCACCUUCGCUUUGCCACCUUUUCCAUAGUUCAUUCAUACGGAUGGAUUAUUCUAAUUUGCGACACCAAGCUGCAUCCAUGAAAAAGAGUCUCUUUGAUCAGGGAUACCUAGAUGAACAAUUUUGUCAGGUGGAAGACCUGCAGGAUGAAGCUAGUCCUAAUUUUGCAGAAGAGGUCGUUACUUUGUUUUUCAAGGACUCAGCCAGACUAAUGUCAAACAUUGAGCAAGCUCUGGAGAAAUACGCCAAAGAUUUCAACAGGUGGGACACAUACAUGCAGCAACUAAAAGGCAGCUGUUCCAGUUGCAUGAGAUCGUUCCAGGAAGUGAAGAGGGAGCAUGCUGUCCUGAGGCAGAAACUAGAAGCAUAUUUCCAGCUUCUGCGACAAGCUGGUCCUGCUGGAGCUGCCACUAGGCCUGCCAUGUAAGGACUGGGCUUUGACAUUCUACAAGCUGAAGUAAAAUGGAUUAUGGCACAAGAAGAUAGUCUGGACAACUAGCUGGACCUGCUGCGCAGCGUCCAGGGGGCAGCAUAUGCAUGUUAGCAUGUAUAGAUAUAACGGAAAUAACAAGAGAUGAGAUACCUGUGUAACUGAUUAAAUACAAGCUUCCUCGCAAAAGAAAAUAAAAGGAGCAAAUACAAGCUUGAAAGAUAUUAUAUUCUCA